UGGCAGUGCUGCCCUUGCCUCCCUCACCCCACCCUGACACCCCAGCCAGGGCACGUUCUGCAUCUGCUGCUGCCGGGGCCAGAGCUGGGGCCGCUUUCUGGCUCUUUUGCCAGAGAUGGAUCCUGGCCAGUGCUGCUCAAUCCCUCAGCCCCAUCAUGCUCUGUCUGCCCAGAGCACAUUUGGGUGCUGCAAAGUGCCCUGGCUCUGCCAGAUGCUCCCAGCUCCGGCCCUGUCCCAUCUGCCAGAAGUCCUGGGAGACCCUGUGGUUCCUCCAGGGGGUGGGACAGGUACCGGUGCAGGCAGGAGGGUCCUGCCAGCACAGCACAGCCGUGCAGCACUGGUAGGGCCAGCUCUGUGCUCUGUCUUCAGCACUGGUGCAGCAGCACAUGGAGAGUUUGCACCCUCGGCAGCAGCUCUGCUCCAGGUCCCCCUGCACCCCCUCCCCACAGUCCUAUCUCUCUUCCUUAGGCAUCUUUGGACCCCUAGGGCCAAGCCCCCAACAAGUUCACCCAUGCCCCUCCCCACUUUGGCUGUGGUGGGCCUGGCCUCGGCCCAGCAGGAGGUUCUGGGCAGCUCUGGUGCCAUCGAGGCACGGGGCUGAUCCCCCUCCACAGCAGCAGGCACGACCCAGCAGCAUAUGGCUCAGCAAGGCCGACAUAUGUUCGAAGCACUACAAGAUGGCAUAUUGCAAUUGUAGCACUGUUCUUCAUUUUUAUUUUUAGUUCAGUUAUACAAAUAAGAUGUUUUUCUCACUGUUCAGUGUUAUCAACAUUUGAAACUAUUUUUGUACAUUAUUAUCCUCUCUGAUUUCUAAUCCUAUGCAGCUUUGCAAGGACUAAUAGGGAAUGUAUAGAGCCCAUGCGAGUUAAACCCUUAAUAAAGAGCAAUUUGCAAGUACAAUUCUCUCAUUAUUUUUUUUAUCGAUACUUCUGCAUAUUCAGUGAAAUCUAAAGAUUAGAGUUUUAUGAAUAAUUCAGUGUUUAGGCUGAUGUCUGAUUCAUGUACUUCAAAUCUGGGAGGUGGUUUUGGAGGGAAGAGGAGGAAGGAUUUAGCAUUAUUUGCUGUCCGUGAGGCUGUGCUCCACAGGAGUGUGGUGAUGCCUGGCACUGUGGCUCUCCCACUCGUGGAGGACCAGCCCCGGCACAAGGCCUGGCCCCAAGCCCUCAGGCUGUCCUCACACUGUUACACCUGGCUGCUGCUGCUGGUGCUGGGGGCAAGCAAGGGUUUAGGACCCUCCUGCCAGCUCAGCCAGGUCCCAGGGGCAUCACAGAGCUACCAGAGAGGUGAUGGAUAGAGCCAGGAUGAGGAAAUGCAUCCAAAUGUUCCGUGGUGUCAGCCCCAGCAGCUUUCCUGUGCCCCCGCUGUCUCCUUCCUGGGGAAUUCAGAAAUGGACUGGAAAUGAAGCAAUAAACAGGCUGGUGCUGGUCUGGGGAGGAGGAGGGCAAUGGGUCUAUCUCCCAGCUCCUUGCUCCAGAGCUGGCUCCUACUGGCACCUCAGCCAGGAUCUGGCCCCUGGGCUCAAGAGGUGAGCACAGACCUUGACAAAGAUCUCCAUGGGCAGGGCUUUUCAGGUCCAUUGCUGUGGUCUGCUGAGAUGGCCAUGAGCCAGUCCUGCCAUCAUGUAAUCCCACUUUAAACUUCCUCAUGUUUCCAACAGACAAUGCACACAAAAUCCAUGUGAGUCCUGCAUAAAGCAGGCGGUCCCCGCAGUGGGGACAUCUGCACUGUUUGUACACCAAAGAGCCAGUGGUGUUUCACUCAGGUUCUCCUCACAAGCACAGGUGCCUGCACGGAGGGGUCAUGGAAGUGACAGGGCUGCCCAUGUCCAGGGCUGGGAGUGCUUUCCCCUGAACAUGGGAUUCAGUGAGUGGGGGAAAACUGUUGUCCUGCUUGUGACACCUGGGGAUACUGGGGGAGAAUUACUCCUCCUGCCUCUGCUGGCCAGCCAAGCAGCUCUUCAUUUUCCUCCUCUCACUUGUGGAAUCUUCCCACCACCCCAUUUUCAGAGUCCCAUUUCCUAGUGAGGCUGUACCUGGUAAGGGAGACAGCACAUCCCACCUUCACACUGCUCUGGGCUGGUUCCCUGUGCACCCCACAGCAAGUGUUGUCAGCAAGCUGCAAUCCCAGCACCCCAACACCCAGCUAGCAGCACAUAGACACCUUUCAUCUGCCUGUUCAGGGUAAUCAUCCUGCAAACCCCCAUCUCUCAUCCUUCUCCAAACCCUCAGCUUAGGUGUGCCCCUUCCCCCUCCAGCCCCUCACAAAGCUUUGUCAAAGGGCCUUCAACUUCCAGACCCAGCUUCCACCAGGGCUUCUACCACAGCAAUCAGCAGCUGCCAAGCAGCACCUGUGGCCAGGCUGCUCUUCAGAUAAAUUGGAUGGAGGUGAGCUGGGUGUGGCAGGAGGAUUUGUAGUGCUGUGGGUUGAGGUGCCUGUGACUGCCUGGGUUUGUGCACUGCCAUGGAGCCUCAGCUGGCAGCCAAAGCUGCUGGCAUAGCCCAGCGCUGUCAGGCCCAGCACCCUCCAACCCUGCAGAUGAUCAAGGAGGCGCUGCGGGCCCAUGAUGAGAAGAAGGGUGCCUCUGUUGUUGCCAUCAAGCGUUUCAUCCUGGCCAAGUACCCCACUGUGGAUCCCAUCCGCCUCAAGUACAUGCUGAAGCAGGGGCUGAGUAAGGGGCUGAGCUGUGGGGACCUGGUGCGGCCCCACAACUCUUCUGCUGUGGGGGCCACUGGCACCUUCAAGUUAGCACUCAAGAAAUCACGGCACAAGCAGCAGCUGGGCCAGGCAGAUCCUGAUGGAGGACAGACCCCAAAGCCAGGACAGGCAGGGACCACCCAGGCCCCUGUGGCAGGAGCACGACAGCGAGGUGCCACCAAGCAGCAGCCAACAGCCACCAAGCAGCAGCCAAAGGCAAAGCCUGUGAAGGCCCAGACACGAGCAGCAGAGAAGCCCAGGAGUGACAGAGCGAAGCAUCCCCAGACUGCUGGCCGGUCCCGGGCUCGUGGCCCAGGGCCUUCAGGGCCCCCCAGAGCUGCCAGCCACCGCCAGGGCCCCCGGAAAGGACACUCGGGACCCAGCACAGCUCGGGCAGCCGAGAAUGCAGGAGGGACUGAUAGCGACAGUUCUGCAAGUGCUGGGGCAAAGGGGCCCCAAAAGGCCCCCAAGGGAAAGAGCAAGGGGAAGGUGCCCAAGGGGGCACAGCAGGAUGCCCCCAAGGCACAGGGAGGUCAAGAUCAAGCAAAGAAGCCCCGGGCAACUCCAGGAGCUGGGCAAGGGAAGGCCAGGCUGAAGAAGGCAGUCCCCGUGGCAGCAGACAGAAAGGCCCCAUAAGGAGCUUAUUACUGCUUCAGCUGGCCUCAGGCCCUUGAGGUCUGGACUGCUUUCAGUCCCUAGUACAGGUUUUAAUUGUGUUCACCUUAUCCUAAUAAAGCUUCUUCACUUGCCUCAUGGAAUGGCA